GGGAGGAAAUGUAUGAAUGUACAUCAGUGUGUGUGUAACUGUGUAUCUAUAUUUUUAAUUUAUUUGUCACUGUGUACGUUACACCUCUUGACUGUAUUGGCAAGUUUGUGUGUCACUGUCAGAGGCUACAUAACUGCGAAAGUGCAGAUUGUAGCUAAGUGGCUGGGGUAAUGCAUUUGAAACUGAAAUGAUAUACGGUACAUCAGGAGCCGAAUGGUUGCGCUUAGUUAGGGAGCACUCACAGUCAGAGAGAGGAGGUGAAGCCAGGACAUUUGAAGUAGUCCCAUUGUAUGUGCAUUUAAUUGAAUAUGUACCUGUUUGGUCUUGAAAAUGAGGGGUCGGCGGAGUCCUAUACUAGUCGUCCGUCUGAUUCUGAUGUUUCCCUGGAAGAGGAUAGGGAGGCUUUGAGGAAGGAAGCAGAACGUCAUGCUCUUGCACAGCUUGAAAAAGCAAAGACGAAGCCUGUGGCCUUUGCAGUCCGAACGAAUGUGGGUUACAACCCGUCCCCAGCAGAUGAUGCUCCAGUGCAGGGGAUGUCUAUUAACUUUGAUCCCAAAGACUUCCUUCACAUCAAGGAGAAAUAUAACAAUGAUUGGUGGAUUGGCAGAGCUGUGCGAGAGGGUUGUGAAGUUGGGUUUAUUCCCAGUCCUGUCAAGUUAGAACAUAUGAGAAUGCUCCAGGAGCAGAAGAUGAGACAGAGCCGACUCACUUCCAGUAAAUCUAUUGGGAAUUCAAACAGUUUAGGCGAUGUGGUCAGUGGGACUCGUAGGCCUACUCCACCAGCCACAGGUCGUCCGGAUUCCCCUUUAGUUUAUGAUAUAGAUCACGUUGAUUUAGAAUUUGAGGAAAAUGAAGCUCAGGGUGUUCAGCGAACACCUCUCAGCAGCACAGGGAGCGUAACUACUCCCCCAUCUACUACCAAACGUGGCCCUUUCUUUAAGAAGACAGAGCACAUCCCCCCAUACGAUGUGGUUCCUUCCAUGAGGCCAAUCAUUUUAGUUGGGCCUUCAUUAAAGGGAUAUGAGGUCACAGAUAUGAUGCAAAAAGCUUUGUUUGACUUUCUAAAGCACCGGUUUGAUGGAAGAAUCUCCAUCACUCGUGUUACUGCUGACAUCUCUCUAGCCAAACGCUCCGUUUUGAACAAUCCGAGUAAACACAAUAUCAUGGAACGAUCCAACACCCGCUCCAGUCUUGCGGAAGUGCAGAGUGAGAUUGAACGUAUAUUUGAGUUGGCCCGGACACUCCAACUAGUUGCCCUUGAUGCUGACACAAUCAACCAUCCCACUCAACUUGCCAAAACUUCACUUGCGCCAAUUAUUGUUUAUAUUAAGAUUACUUCCCCCAAGGUAUUACAUAGAUUAAUAAAAUCCAGAGGAAAGUCCCAAGCAAAGCAUCUCAAUGUACAGAUGGUGGCAGCUGACAAACUGGCUCAGUGUCCCCCGGAAAUGUUUGACAUCAUCCUAGAUGAGAACCAGUUGGAGGAUGCCUGUGAACACCUGGCAGAAUAUCUAGAAGCUUACUGGAAGGCCACCCAUCCUCCUAGCAUCAACCCACCCAAUCCACUGCUCAACCGUACCCUGGCCACAGCUGCCCUGGCCUCCAGCCCUGCACCCGUCUCCAACCUCCAGGGUCCAUAUUUGGUUCAUGGGGAGCUGAGGACAGACAGAGCUGAUCGGACAGGUGUAUACGAGGGGCAGCUACGGAGGGGUCAGAUGGGCUCCCGUGUCCUCUCCCGACAUGACACACUGGAGUCUGAGACACAAGGCAGCAGGGACUCUGCCUACACGGAGCCAGGAGAUUCCUGCAUGGACAUAGAGACUGACCCUUAUGAGGAUCCAGAGCCCAAAAGCCACGGGGGCAACUUCCAGGGUGGAGAUCAUGGUCGGCUCCAACGUCAAGGUUCUUGGGAGGAGCUAGGUCCAGAUCAGGAGAAUCUGCAACAGAGGAGAAGAAGAGAAUCUCCCAGGCCCCAGGGAAAGGGCAGAGAGCAGUACUGGCACGAGGGGGAAGGCAGAAAUAGGGGUCAGAUGGACAGUUGGGGACGAGAUGUAUGCAUUCGUUAAUCGGCACUUCAUUAUUAGAUCUGGAAUUAAAGGGAAGGGGUAUCAGAUACAUCUGUGGUUUUCACACUUCAGCUCCAAUGAUAAGACACUUUUAUCAACCUACAGCUUCAUGGCAAAAUUAAUCUCCGUUAACACACUCUUUUUGCACAGAUCUCUCACAUGUCUCUCUUAUCACUUCAUACACACAUCUCUUUCUAAAGCUUGACUGCCACCUAGCUCUGUCUUAUCAAUCUCUCAGCACCUCAGGGCUCUUACACAUAAGUGUCUGACCUUUCCUGCCUAAUCAACACUGCCACCUGGACUGACACGGCCCUGUGACCAUAUUGGUCAUCAAUACUGAACCUUGACCUCAGUGUGUCAUUUAUUUCCCUUUUCACACAGCUAUAACAACACUUUAGGUACACCACUACUGAACUGAGAUCUGUUCUUUCACAGUGCCGUGACACUUCUCUCUGAUUCGGCGCUAGAACAUAUGGACAGUACCCAAAAUACCCUGCUCUAGAACCUCCCCAAUGCAUAAAGGCUGUCCCGACUUACCUCUUACACUAUCCCAGCAUUCUACCCACUGCAAUAGCACUGCCUUCUUGUUCACACACUGCCCACUGACCACACUGCCCUAAGACCAACUGUCCGCAACUUCCCUCUCCCUACUUGUCUGUAUUACUGCCUCACUGCACUGACCUCCUUCUCCAAACUUGAGUGGGAGGGAUAUAAGUCUAAACACAAGCAGAUAUUUGACCCUGAGAUUCCUAAUCCCACUGCAACCCCUAUAAGAAUGUGCAACCAGGCCUACCUUGACCUGAGAACUAUAGGGGUGAGUAUAGGGCCUUAAGAAUUUUUGGACUCCAUGUGCCAUAGACACAGGUUUGGGCAUGAAGACAUAGCAUACCCCGAAUGUAUUAGCCCCUCUAUGUAAGAGAGGCCUGAAAUACUGGACACUGAAGAACUGGCCGCAGAUCUGGAGCCAAGAUGGUAAAAUUUUUACCAAUGUAAUGCUGUAAAGCCAGGGUGUACAGUAAAAGGAAUGCCUGAUGUAUACGUUGUGCCUGCAUAUACCGAUAUUUCUGCCUGCAUUUUUUAUUCUCCAUAUUCAUUUUUACUCGUGUAUUCCUUAUUGUUAGUACUCAAGGGGUACAAAGUUAAUGAAUCCACUUCCUCGUGGGAAAAGGCAUUCCUUGCUUAAUAUAUAACUGUUCCCUUUUAUUCAUUUAGAGCUAAUUUGGAAAUGAUUGUCAGUUUAACCUAAUAUCCAACGCCAAUGUGGGAUGUUUGUUACUUGCACCCGGAUGUCCUGGGUGUCUCAUAGUUUUGUAUGUGUUUUUGACAUAUUCUGGUGUAUCAGAUCACAUUUACUAUACAAACAAAUGUAAAGAAACGAUUGCACAAUACCUCACAGCCUGCUUACACACAAAUAAAUGUAUUUGGAGGAAUGCCUGUUUAAAUGCCUCCAGCCAGCCAUAAUUUAGAAUCAGGGCACUUCACUCCCCAGCUUUUGGCUUUCUGGGUGAACGAAAACAAGAGGGCUGCACUCACCUGAAGACAAAUACAUUAUAAGGGUGCUGCUUGGGACAAUUUUUACAACAUACAAGAUCCAGCGCACUCACUCAUUCACUAAACCCCAAUUUCACAGCUCACAUAAUGUAAUAGUUUUUUUGUAAGUUUUUUUUUUAAACACCUAAAUAGACAAAAAUAAUUACAGUAUAUGAUCAUACAUUAUUACAUAAGCCUGGCAAAACGCAAUAUAUAAAGGAUAUAUAGUUUUUGUGUUUACAUUACAUUGAUGGUUAUAUGGAUUGGAGAACAUGGACCUUUAGAGAUAUGUUAUCCACUGAAAGAUCAGAUCAUACAUGACCAGUGGCUGACAUUGAAAACAGAUUAUAAAGCAUUGCAUAAAUGAUGAUAUUAUGUUACUAAACAUACACUUAAAAACAAUAUAAACACAACUGAAAGUAACGGUAUGAGUUUAGAUGUGUUAAAGUGAACUUGUAAAUCUCAAACUGUGUGAAUGACAAGGUCACCCUAAGGUGGUUAUAUCUUUAAUCUAUACAUUGUGCUGGCUUGUGUUUAGAUUAAAGGAUCACUAUAGUGUCAGGAAAACAAAGCCGGUUUCCUGACACUAUGUAAUCCUUGGGGGACCCUCACCCUUUUCAAUGCUUUCCUAUGAACGUUUUGCACGCCUGAUGCGAAGUUUGCAUCCACCGUCGCAGAAGUGCCUCUAGCGGCUGUCAGGAAGACAGCUACUAGAGGUUGGAUUAACCCUGCUAUGUAAACAUAGCAGUUUCUCUGAAACUGCUAUGUUUACAUGUGACGGGUUAAAACCUGAGGGACCUGGCACCCAGACCACUUCAUUGAGCUGAAGUGGUCUGGGUGACUAUAAUGUCCCUUUAAACAAUUUACUAAUCAGAAGACCACUUUCUCAUAAUCCAAGAUGGCGGCUGCAAAUGGAUUAUAGCUUUAUUGGUCCAUGAACAGCCAUCCCUUUCCCAAAGGAGACACAAAAAAGAAGGGGGGGGGGGUGGAUCCAACAGGAAGCACAUUAGUUCCAAGAUUUACAUCUUUGGCAUGUUCACACGCUGAAUUCUCCCGGAGGUUAGUUUGUGAUCACUGCUUUUAAAUGGUUCCUUCACAAACUGAAUUCCAGGCCCAGUACCCAUUUUUACUGGGACAGGAGCCCAACACUCAGUACUGUCUGGCAAGAAUUGAACAGCCCACUUUGCCUUCUUUGAAAUAAAAUGAAUACAUGGAUUUGCCAGCAAUUUGGAUAACACAGUGUAUUUUCUAUUUGCAGUAGUCGGUGGGUUGUUUUUCAUGACAAGUGCACGUUAAGUUUAAUUUGAUCGAUACAAUGUGAUCUGCUGCUCAUUGUUAAUUAAGUAUAAUGGCAAUUGCCAUAGCUCAUUGCAUUUCCAACAUUGCCAGUGAGAUUAUUUAUAUUUAUACACACACAAUGAUAAAAUCCUUAUUUAGAAAUACAUCAGGAUUAGUUCAUACCACAGGCUUCCUCAUUUUGAUUGUUAUAAUUAAAAUACUUUCGUCUCUUUUGAAAGAGAGAUU